AUACGUCAGAGCCAUUUCGUUGUGAAAUUUGUGAAUAUUGCAUUACGUUGUGUUUGUAACGAGAUUUUUGCUGUUUAUUUAAACCAAUAUUUUCGGUACUUCUCAUAUUGUUGAAUAAGUAUUGAAACCGUAGCCUAUACAUAAUAACAUGGGGGAAGAAGACGAGUAUGCCUGUGUCAACAAAUCCAAACUCAAAAUCAAGACGGACUCCGGAAUAAAAAAGAAAAAGAAGAAGAAGGCUAACAAAGAUACUGACAAAAUCAUCGAAGAAGAAGUAAAAGAGCAGAUGAAGCAGCAGGCAAACACAGACAAACGAACCAAAGCCGAAAUCGCUUUCCAGAAGAUGCAGGACAAAAUGAAAAAGCAGAGAAUACUACAGAAGGCAGAGAUGACUCACAAGCAAAGAGUAGAAAAGUUCAACCAACAUCUAGAUAGUCUUACGGAGCACUUUGACAUACCUAAAGUAUCUUGGACAAAGUAAAAAUAUUCUGGAGAUGUUCAAUAUGAUUGUGCCCGUUAUAUUUUAACCUUAAUAUGUUCCAAAUACAAAUCACACUGGAUUGAAAACAACUACAUAUUUGUGGCACAGAUUAUUUACCAAUUGCUGAAGAUCUCUUUCUUGGUUAGAUUAAGUUAAACAUAAGUCAUGCAGCCUGCUUGUUUCUCAUUAAUCAGAACCUGAGUUUGUCUAUGGACAAAAUUAGUACUGAAUCGUUUAUUUUUGUAUUGUAUAGCCACUCAACCGUCCGGCCCGCAAGACUGUUUUCCUGUCAACCAUCCGGGGUUUUUUAGCGAUGCACGCCGCGCGCAGCGCAUUCACAAUUUUCUACAAAAAUUAUAACUACACUGCCAUCAAAAUUUUUUUAGAGCUAACUAUUUAAUUAGGCUACGUUGUCGCAUCAAGAGAAUUAGUAAAUAAUGCCGAAAUAUUCCGUUAGAUGGCUCUGAAAUCAAUUCUUUUUUCCACCCCUUUGGAUAGUAAGGUUCCCGUGGACGGUUAAGAGCAUAUUUUUUUCGGAUACUAUACUAUCGUCGGACGGUCAAGUGGAUAAUAACUUGGUCAAUGA